AUGACAUUCGGCGGCGGCGGCGGCGUCGGAGAUCGCCGUCCAUUAUUUUUCACUACAAUAUUUCUUCUGUUAUUGAGCUUCAAUGGGGCAGAAGAUUUAGUUUAUCAUUGGCAUGUUGCAAUGGAUAACUCUAUCAACCCAAUCAUCACUGUCGACCAACCCGUUAUUACUAUUAAUGGGAUGUUUCCAGGGCCACUUAUUAAUGCCUCCACCAACGACAACAUUCAUGUCAACGUGUUCAAUCAUAUGGACGAACCUCUACUAAUGACAUGGAAUGGGAUACAACAAAGGCUGAACUCUUGGCAAGAUGGAGUUUCGGGUACAAAUUGUGGCAUUCAACCAGGAAAGAACUGGACCUAUAUAUACCAAUUGAAAGACCAAAUAGGCAGCUUCUUUUACUUCCCUUCGACCAAUUUCCACAAAGCUGGUGGUGGAUUUGGGCCUAUUCGAGUUAACAAUCGCCCGCUUAUUAGUGUUCCUUUUCCAAAACCAGAAGCCGAUUUCGACCUUCUCAUUGGGGAUUGGUCUCGAAAAAGUUACAAGGAUUUCAGGUCUCAGUUGAAGACAUUGGAAAUGGCAUAUUUGACUAGCCCACCUGAUAGAAUUUUGAUGAAUGGCAAAGGUCCAUAUAUGGACCCACUUACUAAAACCCACGAGUCAUUUACUGUGACUAAAGGGAAAACUUACAGAUUCAGAAUAUCAAACGUGGGACUUGCAUGGAGUUUCAACUUCAGGAUCCAAAACCACACUAUGAAGUUGGUUGAAACGGAGGGAUCGUACACCAAUCAGAUAAUGCUAGAUUCGUUAGAUGUCCACGUUGGACAGUCUUACUCUGUUCUCGUCACAGCUGAUCAGGAAUCUGCAGAUUUCUACAUCGUUGCAGAGCCUAGACUUUUCUACAACGGCUCAGAGUAUAGCAGAUAUGGGGUAGCCAUUCUACACUAUGAUAACUCCACCACACCAGCCAAGGGACCUCUUCCCCAUGGCCCUUAUCCCUUUGAUAUAGAAUUUUCCAUUAAGCAAGCCAGAUCAAUCAGGUGGAAUAUGACCACCGGAGCAGCCAGGCCAAAUCCACAAGGAAGUUUUAACGUAACAAACGUGAAAAUAUCACAAACUUUCACACUUAGAGCCUCAAAAGCUGAAAUCGGCGGUGUCCCUCGCUUCACAGUCAACAAUGUGGCAUACCUGACCCCGAAAACCCCAUUGAAACUGGCUGAUCACUUCGCCAACACAUCUGGGGUGUUCGAGCUCGACAAGUUCCCCACCAACUCGACCAACCCUGUUCCGGUCGAGGGCACAUUUGUGGCAAGUGGGAAUCACAGAGAAUGGAUAGAACUAGUGUUUGAGAACUGGUCUGAUGAAAUGGACUCUUGGCAUUUGGAUGGCUUCAGCUUUUAUGUUGUUGGUUUUGGGAUUGCUGAGUGGUCACCUGAAGUAAGAUCGACCUAUAAUCUGUAUGACCCGGUUGUCCGGUCCACUGUGCAACUAUUUCCUUCUAGUUGGACUGCAGUUUAUGUGUACCUUGACAAUCCAGGAAUAUGGAAUUUGAGGUCACAGAAGUUGAAAAAUUGGUACUUGGGAGCAGAGCUUUAUUUGAGAGUUUAUGAUGCUGAUCCCAACCCUGCCAAGGAAAGGGUAUCCCCAGAUAAUCUUAUACUAUGUGGUUAG